CAAAAUUUUUGGCACUUUACAGAUCCCUGAAAAUACUGAGAAUGUGAAUCACACAACUCCAAUGAGCUGAUGAGAACAAGUGUUUCAUAUAACGGCUGUAAAACCCAAAAGCAAAAAUAAGUUAAAAAUAUUAAGCAGGAAGAAAGGUCAAAAAAAAAAAAAGAAAAAAAAAAAGAAGCAGCACUAAGAGAAUUGGGGGGCUUUGAAGAUUUUCUUGAAGUUAUCGAGCAGAGGUUGGCCUUUGUUAGUUUCUUCAGGCUUUUCUGAUUGGUUGAAAUCAAUGAGUAGAAAUCGCAUAUAGGUCGAGUUGCUGUUCAAGAAAUCAAGACCUCUGUUUGAGUAGUAGAAGUUGCUUUGAUUUUUUUGCUGGGAUUUUUUAAUUAUUUUCCAUCAAAAGUGAAGUGGAUGGUCCAGAGUGGAUAGACUUGAGUGCUAAUUUUUUAAUAAAGUCAGGUCAAGAAGAUAACAGAAAGGAGGACAAAAUCUUAGCAUUGUUUAGACCAUUAAUAGUUCACUAUCAGCAUGUCUGUUGCUUUAUUUUGGGUUAUUUCUCCCACUUCCGAGGUUUCCAGUAGCACCGGAUUCUUGGAGUCUGUCCGGGAGGGUAUCCGGAAUCUAGAUUCAUCCCGGUCCAUUUCUCAGGGUAGGAACUUGAUUUGCAAUGGCAGAUUUCGCAAGGGCAGAAAAUAUAGCCGGAAUUUAAGUUAUCCUAAUGCAGAUUCAAGGUAUUCUUGCUUGGGCGAGUCGAAUUCAGGGGAUGGAAGAAAUCUUUCUGUCAUAUCAAGUAUGGUAGCUAGCCCGGCUGGAGAAAUAGCACUAACCUCAGAACAGAAAGUUUAUGAUGUGGUUUUGAAACAGGCGGCCUUGGUUAAGAGGCAGUUGAAAUCCAGUGACAAUUUGGAAGUAAAGCCAGAUAUUGUUCUUCCGGGUUCUCUUAGCUUGUUGAGCGAAGCAUAUGAUCGUUGUGGUGAAGUAUGUGCUGAGUAUGCCAAGACUUUUUACUUGGGCACCUUGUUGAUGACUCCCGAGAGGCGAAGAGCUAUUUGGGCUAUCUAUGUGUGGUGUAGGAGAACAGACGAGCUUGUUGAUGGGCCAAAUGCGUCACAUAUGACGCCCGAAGCAUUGGAUCGUUGGGAGGCAAGGCUGGAAGAUGUUUUCGGAGGGCGACCUUUUGACAUGCUUGAUGCUGCUUUAUCAGAUACAGUUUCCAAGUUUCCUGUCGACAUUCAGCCGUUCAGAGAUAUGAUUGAAGGAAUGCGGAUGGACCUCUGGAAAUCCAGAUACAAAAACUUCGACGAGCUGUAUCUAUACUGUUAUUAUGUCGCUGGUACUGUCGGAUUAAUGAGUGUUCCAGUAAUGGGAAUUGCACCCGAAUCCCAGGCAACUACCGAGAGUGUUUAUAAUGCUGCUUUGGCAUUGGGGAUUGCAAAUCAGCUGACAAACAUACUCAGGGAUGUUGGAGAAGAUGCAAGAAGAGGAAGGAUCUACUUGCCGCAGGAUGAAUUGGCACAGGCAGGGCUUUCGGAAGAUGACAUUUUUGCUGGGAAAGUAACCGAUAAAUGGAGAAAUUUUAUGAAAAAGCAAAUCACAAGGGCAAGGAAAUUCUUUGACGAUGCAGAGAAAGGUGUCACAGAGCUCAGCUCAGCUAGCAGAUGGCCAGUGUGGGCAUCGCUUCUUUUAUAUAGCCAAAUAUUGGAUGAAAUCGAAGUGAAUGACUACAACAAUUUCACAAGGAGGGCAUACGUAAACAAACCGAAGAAAAUUCUUGCUUUGCCAAUUGCAUACGCGAAAUCUCUGGUUCCUCCAUCAAGAACUUCAUCUCCUUUUGUCAAGGCAUGAGCAGAAACAUGUAAAUAUUGCUCCAUAUAGCAUCUGAAUUAUAUGGUUGAAAGGGAGCAAACUUCGUACAUUAGAUAUUACUCAAUAGUGAAUUUAAUUUAUUAAAAGGUGGUAGCAGGUUGUUGAUGUUGAAGACUACAUUCUCAAUGAGAAAUUAAGCCUAAAGUGACAUUUUUUUUUUGAA